AUGUUCGGAAAUAUUACCGAUUUCAACAGCACUGUCCCGCUGGUUAUCAGUGAUUACAAUUUUCCUGCUCUCAUAUUUGGGAUAUUACUGAUUAUAGUUAUCAUCUGUGGAAAUGUACUCGUAUGCCUUAGUGUUCAUAUAGAAAAAGCUUUGAAGACAACAACAAACUACUUCAUUGUUAGUCUGGCUGUGGCGGAUCUUCUGUUGGCAAUAUUAGUUUUACCUCUUUUUGUGUACGCAGAGUUUCAGGGUGGCGUUUGGUCUUUAAACAUGUUUCUCUGUGACGGGUUGAUGGCUAUGGAUGUGAUGCUUUGUACAGCGUCUAUUUUCAACCUAUGUGCAAUCAGCGUCGACAGGUUCAUUGCAGUGACCGUCCCGCUUCAUUACAGCCGAAAGCGUAUUGACCACCGGCAGCUUUUCCUGCUGUCUGCCACCUGGCUCCUGGCCCUAGCAGUGGCCUUGCCAGUCAUCUUUGGCAUAAACAACGUCCCUCAGCGCGACCCGGCGGCAUGCCAGCUGGAGGUCGACUCCUACGUGGUGUACUCGUCUGUCUGCUCCUUCUUCAUCCCCUGCCCCAUCAUGCUGCUUCUCUACUGCGGCACGUUCCGAGGCCUGCGUCGGUGGGAGGAGGUACGCAGGGCCAAGCUGAGGAGCAGUAUCCUGCCUUGCCGCCAGCUCCAGUACGCUGCCGCUCUGCAGGCCCCCGGGUCUCUCCUGCCCUGCGUCAUGGAGCAGGACCUGGCCCAGACCACCUCAGAUCAGCUGGACGGUGACAUGCAGCCCAGCUGCCCGUUGCCGCCAAAGUACAGCAACAGCCCAAUUAGAACACUGACCUAUGCAGAGAUUCAGAGCGCAGGCCAAAAGAGGAAGAGGGCUAAAAUCAACAGCAGAGAGAGGAAAGCCAUGGGGCUCCUGCCUGUUAUUGUGGGUGCUUUCCUGCUCUGCUGGACCCCAUUCUUUGUAGUUCACAGCACACGGGCUGUGUGUCAGACCUGCGCCAUCUCGCCCCAUCUCAUGAGCACUGUGACGUGGCUGGGCUAUGUGAACAGUGCACUCAACCCUGUCAUCUACACAGUCUUCAACGCAGAUUUCCGGAAGGUCUUCCACAAGUUCCUGCACAGCUGCUGCUAA